AUGGAAUCAGUUUGGUCAAUACUUGUUAACCAACAUAAAGAUAAAUCAACAUCUUCAUCUUUACCAUCUUCAUCUUCAUCUACAUCUACAUCAUCUAUACUUUAUAAUUUAAAAACACCAUCUACUUCAACUGUUGUAUCACCAUCAACAUUGACUAAAUCAUCAACAACAACAUCAACCAAUAAUAAUAAUGUAAAGAAUAAUAAUAAUAAUAAACAAACAACAAAGAAAAGAUUAUAUAAAGAUAUAAUAGAGACAGAUAGUGAUUUGAAUGAUGAUGAUCCUUUAUCGUUAUUGUCUAUCAAGAGGGACAUGAGUAACGACCGAAUUGCAAGUUCUAAUACAUUUGAUGGUGCACGUGAUAUUCCAUCAUUGUACAAUGAUAGACUUGGAGGUGCCGUUCAAUUGAUUGCAUGGUCAAAUGAUAAUCUUAUUGCAUUUACAACUAAUCAACAUAGUGGUCGUAGUAGCAAUAGCAAUAGCAAUAGUACAUCAAAAUAUACAGAUAAAAGAAAUAGUAUUAUUAAUCCAACAACAACAACAACAACAACAACAGAUCAAUCAACACAACAACAACAAUCAAAUAAUAGUACAACUACAACAGACAUUUAUAUAGUUAGAGCAGAUUAUCCACAUGAAUAUAUAACAAUUAAAACCAAUCAUGAACAAAUCAAAUAUUUGGAAUGGAGUACACAACAAGGACCAUUGCUACUAUCAUCAGAUCUAAGUAGUCAAGUGUGUCUAUGGCGUAAAAAAGAUACAAUCGAUGAAUGGGAAUGUAUAGAAACAUUGAAUUAUCCCUCUCUAUUACUUUGUAGAUUCAUUUCAAUCAAAUCUUCUUAUUACCCAAUACCUUUUCCAAAUAAUAAUAAUGAAUAUAAUAAUAAUAAUAAUAAUACUAAUAAUAAUAAUGAAACCGAAUCAUCAUCAACAUCAAAUAAUAAUAAUAAUAGUCAAUCAUCAAUUCCACCAAUUAAACAAAAUUCAAUUAAUCCUUCAAAUGAAAUCAUUAUUCAAUCAUUAUUAAUUAUAACAAAAGAAGGAAAGAUUAUAUUAAUAACAUACAAUUUAAUUGAACAAAAAUGGAAAGAAAUAUUAAUGAGGGAUUUUGAAAUGUCACCUUAUUCAACUAUUGAUUGCGCCGAUAUUAUUUCAUUCAAAGAUGAAAACAUUUUAAUUGCAAUUCAUUCAAAAUCAAUGGGUGGAAAUAAUAUUUCAAUUCAUCAAUUAAAUUAUGAUAUUUAUACAAAAUUUGGACAAUUAUUUCAAUCAUCAAUAAUAUAUUUAAAUGAUAUUAUAUUUGAAGAGGAAAUAUUAAUUGAAAGUAAAAAGAAUCAACAAAUUGAAAGGAUUAUUUUUGACAAUUCACCCAAUGCAAUCAAUGUGUUGAGCAAGGGAAUGGAUAGUUCGAUAUUGUAUCGUUGGGAGAGACGGGAAGGUCAGUCAUCACAACACAAACAAAUCAUUGAUAUGUUUGGAAAAGACAGUUCAACUCAAUGGACUGAAUGGACAUGUACAAAAAAAUUAUUAUUUGGUAAAUCAUCAAAAAAGACAGAAACUAAAAAAAAUCAAAAAGAUACCAGUACUAGUCAUAUUGGUAAUAUUUUUUCAUUUCAAAAUAAUGUAUCAACAAUACAUUAUUCAAAUUUGACAUCGAUUAUAUGGUUAUGUUAUUAUGGUGGAGAGAUUGAAGCCAUUUCAAGUACCACCUUUCAACCAUUGUGUAAAAGUAAAUUACCAAUGUCGACUGUUGUUGCAACGGCAUCGCCACCAUCGGCAACACCACUGCCAUUCAUUACACCAGUGUCGUGUAUACCAUCGCCAAAUGGAUGUUUGGUUGCCACUGUGACCAAUGACAACCAUCUACACAUCCAAGCAGUACCAUGCACACAAUUGGCCAAACCAGUCUUGUCGCAAUGGUUAAAUCAUCUUUUCCAAUUGUCUAUUCUUCGUACCGCCGAUUGGUGGGAUAUAUUGGUCAUCCUUCGUAUCUAUUCAGUUUCAUCUCCAUCACAUUUUGAUACAUUUAGACAUGUCAUUGCAAAACUUUCAAUUGAUUGUAAUGAUCAAAAGAAAUCAAACAAUAAUAAUAGUAAUAAUAAUGAAGCAUCAACAAGUUCAACUUCACCUAAUAGUAAUAGUAAUAAUAGUAAUAGAAAAAUAGUUUUGACAAAUCAACCAUUAUGUAAUAGAUCAACAUUGGAAACAAUUAAAUCAACGAUUUAUAGAAUGGUAGUUGGAAUGGAGAUUGCGUUUGUUGAUAGUCAAUCUAAAAUGUAUAUUCACUACAUGUUGGAUACUAUUCGUAGUUCAUUACAACCAGUAUGUGAACAAGCGGCUCCGUCAGAAGACAAGGAAAACAUGUCGUUCCUCAUCGAUUGGGUGAUUGAAUUUACCUACUUUUUCCUCAAAAAUGUUGUCUAUCUGCACAUUUUAUUCACAAGAUCAGAAUGGACUUCAGCCAUCCCUACCGAUACAGAAUUUCAAUCACUUGAUAAUUUUUAUGCUCUUCAAUUUAUUGAAUUUAAAAAAGCUAAAACUUAUCAUCCUCUUGUAAGUUUAUUAUUUGAUGGAAAUAUAUUAUUAUCAUUGAGUGAAUUAUUAAAUUAUUCAAGAGCAUAUAAAGAAAAGAAUCCAAAUGAUAGUAGUAAAGUGAAAUAUAAAGAAACAGAUGUAAAGGCAGUAUCAGAGAUUUAUGGUGCAUUUGUAACUGAUUUGAUGGCACUGUUACUCAAUGAUCCUAGUCAAGAACGUCAAUUGGCAAUGGUCAAUUAUUUCCUUAAAAAUAAUUUAUCUUGGAUCGCCUCGAAUCAUGGUGGUGGCGGUGGAGGACAAGGUUCAUCAGAGACUAGUAAUUCUAGUGGUACUGAUGCAAAUGGUAAUCCCAUUCCAGUAUGUUCAAAUACUUCUCAACUACCUUACCUAACAUCGAUUGAUAGUUGUAAAAUUGAAGAGUUUAUCAAAGGUCUAAAUGGAAUCAUUUCACAAAGAGUACCACAACAAUUGUUGAGAGAGGUAAAUGAAACACAUCUCAACAUUUCAUUUUCGCUGUUGGAUCUCGACCCUCCUCUUGACGGUUUCUUGGACCAAAAUCCAAUCAAACCAACUACUCCCAUGACUCCAACUGCUGCUGCUGCCGUAUCCGCAACAUCAUCACUGUCUGUUGUAUCAUCUCCCAAUGUUACUAGUUCAUUAAGUAGUACAGCUACCAACAACCAUUUAGCAGUUUCGUCAUCAUCAGCAACAAUACCAAUCAUUGACAAUGGAUUUAAAUAUGCAUCAAAGUGUACAGAAAUUGUUGGAUUGGCUCACGACUGCAUAACACGAAUUCCCAUUGCACCAAAGGUCGAAAAACCAAUUAAAAAAUGUACGCGAUGCCAUCGAAUGACAUUGGUUAGAAAGACGGCUCUCUUUUGGUCUGAUCGUUGGGCUUUGGCAUGUCCUCUUUGUGGUGGUAAAUGGAAAUUGAUUCGUGAACAUUUCUAUCCUCUCUAUUUACAACAACAACAACAAUUACAAUUACUUCAACAAAGACAACAACAAUUACAACAACAACAACAACAACAAUUACAACAAUUACAACAACAACAACAAACAGGUAAUACAAAUAAUAAUAAUAUGAAUACAUCAGCUCCUCCUGGUUCAAAUUCAAAUCCUGUUAUGAUACAACAAUAA